UUCACCGUUGUUUUUGAGUACGUCUGACGUAUUCAAUUACCAUCACUCAACGCAUAUGCACAUACAACCAGCUCCUCCGCCCCCGCUCUCGCCACCGCCUCCACCACUACCACCGACGAUAACAAUUAGCAAAGAUCAUCAAGACGGUGAAGUCUCAGAAUCAAAGACGGUAGCAUCUUUGGGCCACGAAGGUAAUGGAGCAGGGUACACCGGAAUUACCGUUCCGCCACAACCUCAGCGCAGAGGCGCAUUGCAACUGUGGCAGUUCUUGGUCACUUUGCUAGACGACCCAAAUAACGCAUCGUGUAUCGUAUGGACCGGAAGGGGCAUGGAAUUUAAGCUCGUCGAACCAGAAGAAGUAGCCAGACGAUGGGGAUUACAGAAGAACAGACCAGCAAUGAACUACGACAAAUUGAGCAGGUCGCUCAGGUAUUAUUACGAAAAGGGAAUCAUGCAGAAAGUGGCGGGCGAACGGUACGUUUACAAAUUUGUUUGCGACCCCGAGGCGCUCUUCAACAUGGCGGCCACGUACGAUUAUGCUGCAGUAUCCGAUACGUCUGGUGGGCACGGUGCCGUCGCGGCCUCAACCGCGGGCCAUCACCAUCAUCUGCACCACCACCAUCACCACCAUCACCACCAGCAGCUGGCCACCAGAUAUGCGGCGGCGGCGGCUGCGGCUGCCGCUGCUGCUGCGGCCGCUGCCACCGCAGCGGCCAACAUGCACACCUCGGCCGGUGCAACUCCGUCAUCGGUGUACGGUGGUCCAUCGCCGGCGGUCGGAUCCGACGUCGACGGAAGCCGCUGCUCUUACGGUUGCACUUACGGCGGCGGCGGUAACGACGGCUGUGGUAAGUCCGUCACGGCCGUCACCGCCACGACUGCAACACCGGCAAACGCGACGACCACUUCGCCAACAUCAUCGCCGUCGCUGUCGUCGUCCACAUCGUCCUCGUCGUCCUCAUCGUCCACGUCAUCGUUGACCGACGGCGGUGGGGUCAAGUCCGAAUCCGGCAGAGACUGUAAGUCGACUGCAGUGGUAGCGGCCGGUAGACGCCAUCACCAUCAACAACAUCAGAGGCCAGAGAUGACAAUCGACCGUCACUCACACCAACAUCACCUUCAACACCAUCACCAUCACCACCAACUCCACCACCAGCAGCAACAGCAACAGCAACAACAGCAACAACAACAGCAACAGCAGCAGCAACAACAAUUACAUCAGCAACAGCAUCGACACCACGGAGAAGAAUUGACCGUCGACCAUCAACAUCACCCGGCAUUGGUGGUUGACACGGUCACCACCGCCACGGCCAGCGAUGGAGUCGGUUACUGGGCGGCUGGCGUUUUCGUCCGAUAAUACCAACACAAAAUUAACUUAAUUAUCUGUAAGUUUAGUAGACGUGAUAUUAUUUUUUUUACUUUUUUUUUUUGACCUCUAGUGUCUCGGAACUUAUUUCACGUAAUUCAAUACGGUGUAAUGUUGUGAAUCAAUAAGUGAUGUUUUAAGAUCGACCAAAUAUAAUAUACACAAGUUUUGAGGACAAAGCUCGUAUUAGGGAAGCAAGAAUUAAGGUCUCAGGGCCUAUUGAUUUUAAGGCCUCAUCUCUUUCUACUCGUUAAAAAUAAAUUACACAAAAUGAAAUAAAAUAUAUUCACAUCAAGAAAAAUUACUAAAAGAUAAAUUCAUAUAAGUUGAUAUUCGAUAAUAAUAUAUUACGAUAAAUUUGUAAACUAUAUAGUUAAAAUAAAAAUUAAAUGGGGACCCUGAUUAUUCAAAAUACCAUAAUACUUUACUAAUCACCGUUUUUCGAUUUUUGUGAUUAAGCUUUGAUUAAUAUAUAAAAAAAUCCUUAGCAAAGAAAGAGUUUCUAUCUUAAUUACAGGUAUACCUGAAAUGUCA